AAUCAGUUUUUCAUAUCAGGUCUUUCGGGUGAUGAUACCAUUCAGAACCGUGUAUUGGAUGCUCUGUACAAGCGUAUACUCCAAGCACACAAAGAACGUCAGUGUUUCAGGGUUAUAGUUGUUAUUCCUCUCUUACCGGGCUUCCAGGGAGGUCUGGAUGAUGGUGGUGCUGCAACCGUACGAGCCAUCAUUCAUUGGCAGUAUCGAACAAUUUCCAGACCAAAAAACUCGAUAUUAGACAACCUUUAUUCUUUGCUGGGUGAUGAAACAGAUAACUAUCUAUCUUUUUAUGGUUUAAGGAACCAUGGCAAGCUUUCUGAUGGUGGUCCAGUGGUCACAAGUCAGGUGUAUGUCCACAGUAAAUUGAUGAUUAUAGAUGAUUGCAUAGCCCUGAUUGGAUCAGCAAACAUUAAUGACAGAAGUCUACUUGGGUCAAGAGACUCUGAGAUUGGCAUGCUCAUUGAAGAUAAAACUUUAGUGGAAUCAUCAAUGAAUGGGAACUCAUGGAAGGCGGGAGAAUUUUCUUUCAACCUACGGAUCUCUUUGUGGGCGGAGCAUCUAGGCCUGUGCUCUGGGGAGAUUGAUAAAAUCAGAGAUCCGAUAAUUGACAGUACAUACAAGGAUUUGUGGAUGGCAACUGCAAGGUCAAAUGCCAGGAUCUACCAUGAUGUAUUCGCUUGCAUCCCAAAUGACGUUAUCCACUCAAGGUCUGCUUUUAGACAAGCUUUGAGUAACUCAAGGGAGAAAGUUGGGCAUACUACCAUAGAUUUAGGAGUAGCCCCUGAGAAGGUAGAACAUUUUGAGAAUGGGGAAGUAAUUCUUAUGGAUCCAACUAGAAAGUUGGAGUCAGUAAGAGGAUUUCUGGUUUCUUUUCCCUUGGAGUUCAUGUGUCAAGAAAAAGAUUUGAGACCAAUGUUUAUUGAGAGCGAGUUUUAUACAUCCCCUCAGGUCUUUUAUUGAGAUAGCAUUAUAAAAGAAGAAAAACGCAUUGUACAGGAAGUGUAUAUAAUGCAGAAAUGAGGAUAGUUAGCUGUGUGAUUUUGUUGAUUAUGAUUUUUUUUUCAUUUUGAUAUUAUUUGUCUACAUAUGUAACAUCAAUAGCAACAUUGUAAAUCAUUCUUUGAAACUUUUAAAUAAAUAUUCGAUGUGAAA